GUUGCUACUUAUUUUUCCUGUCCAAAUGUGGAAAUUGAAGAUUUGCCAAUAUGUGCGCCCAGCAAAGAAAUACAAAAAGUUGGCAGGCCGAAAAAGCUGAAAAAAACAGUUUUACAAAAUGUCAGCGCCAUUUUGCCAAGCCAAGACAUCCCUUUCCUUUUCGUAAUUUAUUAAAAAGAAGUGUGUUAAAACAUUAAGGUUUUCCAGAUUAAACAAGACCCGUAAGAAUCCGAGUCCACAAUGAUUGGCCCCGGCAAUUUCACCAAGCCCCUAUCUCCGGGUUACGCUACCCAAAACUUGCUCCUCGGUCAUACUAGAUGCAUUACGGCCGUGAAGUUCGGUCCGGAGGGCGACCACCUGGCCAGUGGCUCCGCCGACAUGGUCCUCAAGCUGUGGGAUGUGCAGGCCGGCAUCUGCAUUCAAUCUCUAGGGGGCCACGAGAUGGGAAUCAACGAUGUGGCCUGGUCGGCCAGUGGAAUCCUCGCCAGCUGCAGCGAUGACAACAACGUUCGCCUCUGGGAUCCGCGCAGUGUGCUCUGCGUGAAAACUCUGACCGGCCACAGCGAAUUCGUCUUCUCCUGCUGCUUUAAUCCACAGUGCAACCUGCUGGCCUCUGGAAGUUUCGAUAAUACAGUACGCCUGUGGGAUUUGCGAACUGGAAGAACCCUCAAAACCGUGCCAGCCCACCAGGAACCCGUCCGUUCGGUGGACUUCAACCGGGAGGGCAGCAUUUUCGUCACGAGCAGCUUUGAUGGACUGGUGCGUCUGUGGGACACUAGCACCUGCCAGGUGCUGAAGACUCUCAUCGACGACGACAACAUUCCGGUGGGACAUGUGAAGUUCUCGCCCAACGGCCGCUACAUCCUGGCCUCCAUGCUGAACAGCUCCCUCCGGCUGUGGGACUACGAGAAGCCCAAGUGCUUGAGGGUUUUUCGAGGCCAUGUGAACGAGUCCUAUUGCCUGACCGCCAACUUCUCCAUCACGGCGGGCAUUUGGAUUGUGUCCGGCAGCGAGGACGAUUCGCUCUGCAUCUGGGACUUGCAGACCAGGCAGCUGGUCCAGAAGGCGCCCACUCAGGGCGACGGGGUGCUCUGCACUGAUUGCCAUCCCACGGCGAAUCUGAUUGCCACCGGCGCCCGGCAGAACACCAACGCCAUCAAGAUCUGGAAGAGCAGCGAGUAGAGGAAUACCCAAUCUGAUACCCAUUUAACCUGUAGUUGCACAAGACUUUUGCUGUCAAGAUCUGAAAGAGCUGCGAGUAGAGAUCGUGAUCCAUCCUGACAAUCAACUAAAGCCUACCUAAUGAUCAACCUUU